AUGGGAUGCUGGAUUUUCAGUGAAAGUCUGUCAGUCCUGUUAUUACUGGUGUGGCUGGGAUUGAAUUUAUAUCUGUUUAUUGACACAUUCCAUUGGUAUGAAGAAGAUGAUGCUUACCUUUAUACACGGGUUAUGCUGGGUUCAACACUGGCUUGGGCGAGAGCUUCUGCGACAUGCCUUAAUUUUAACUGCAUGUUAAUCCUGCUACCAGUCAGUAGAAACCUUAUUUCAUUCAUAAGGGGAACAAGCAUUUGUUGUAGAGGAGCACUGAGGAGACAACUUGACAAAAACCUCACAUUUCAUAAGAUAGUUGCCUAUGGAAUAGCUGUAAAUGCAAUCAUCCAUAUUGUUGCACAUCUGGUCAACAUAGAGCGAUAUCAUAUAAGUCAAUCGAAGGAAGCAGGGGGGUUGCAGAAUAAACUUUCUGGCAUUGGCAAAACACCAAAUGAAAGCUACUUGAACCCAAUUAGAAACUAUGAAGUGAACACAACACAGAUACUAACUACCAUAGCUGGAGUAACUGGUGUCAUAAUCACUGUGGCUUUCAUUCUGAUCAUGACUUCAUCCACAGAGAUCAUCAGAAGAUCAUUCUAUGAGGUGUUCUGGUAUACCCAUCACCUAUUCAUGGUUUUCUUUAUUGGUCUGGUUAUCCAUGGUAUGGGUCAGCUCAUCCGAGGUCAGACACCGCAGAGUCUGUUGCUGCACAAUGUCACUUAUUGUAAAGAUCACUACUCAGAAUGGGAGAAAGCCACUCAAUGUCCUUUGCCCCUAUUUUCUGGCAGUGAACCUGUGGCUUGGAAAUGGGUUUUAGGUCCUGUGGUAGUAUACAUCUGUGAAAAAAUUGUUAGGUUCUGGAGAUUUCAGCAGGAAGUUGUCAUUACAAAGGUGGUGACUCAUUCCUCUGGAGUCCUUGAGCUCCAUAUGAAGAAAUGUGGCUUUAAAAUGGACCCUGGCCAGUAUAUAUUUCUACAGUGCCCUUCUGUAUCACAACUGGAGUGGCAUCCUUUCACACUUACCUCAGCUCCUGAGGAGGAAUUCUUCAGUGUGCACAUAAGAGUAGUUGGGGAUUGGACAGGAGCCCUGUUCAAGGCCUGUGGAGCAGAGGAAAAAGUCUUUAAGGAGCCCUGGAAGCUACCAAGACUGGCUGUGGAUGGACCAUUUGGAGCUGCAACUACAGAUGUUUUUCACUAUCGAGUCAGUGUAUGCAUUGCAGCAGGGAUAGGAGUCACUCCGUUCGCCUCGAUUCUAAAAUCCAUAUGGUUUAAGUGCUGUAAUCCUAAUACAGAACUGACGUUGGAGAAGGUUUAUUUCUAUUGGACUUGCCGAGAUGCAUCUGCCUUUGAGUGGUUUGCUGAUCUCCUGUUCUUGCUGGAAACACAAAUGGCUGAGAAAGGGAAAACCCAUUUUCUAAGUUAUCAUAUAUUUCUUACUGGCUGGGAUGAAAGUCAGGCUACUCAUAUAGCUCUACAUGAUGAUGAAAAGAUGGAUGUAAUUACUGGUCUGAGACAGAAGACCUUCUAUGGAAGGCCGAACUGGGACACUGAGUUCAGGCAAAUAGCAGAAAAUCAUCCUAGCAACAGCAUCGGUGUAUUCUUCUGUGGACCCAAAGCUCUCUCCAAGAUCCUUCAAAAGAGGUGCAACUUGUAUUCAUCAGCUGAUCCUAAGGGUGUUCAGUUUCACUAUAACAAGGAAAGUUUCUAA